AUAAGAUGCCAAUAGAGAAAAGAAUGCUGACCACCGAUUGUCAUGAUACUGAGUCACAAUCACAGCAAAUCACAAACAAUUUUUUGAAUCGUCGAUUGAAUUGAACAUUUUUCUUACAAUACAAUUAGUCGACAAUAAUAACAAUAAUUGAAUAGUUAAAAUGUUUAAAGUUGGUGUUGAAUUUAAAUAAAAAAAAAAAAUAAAAAUUUAAGAAAAAGUACGUCUUUGCGAUUCUUCGUGGUGUCCUAUGCUAUAUCCUAAUGAACAUUCCGAAUCUGUGAUAAAUCGAUUUGUGUGUUUGUCUAUUAUUAUAAACAUUCAAUACUUUAUACGAAGUUUUGUGUUAAAUUUUUUGUUGAAAAAAAGUUUCGAAUCGAUAAAUGUGCAAUUAUUUAUAAUGCCUUUGAGCAAUCUGUUUUAAUUAUUUUAGUCAAAAGAACUGGAUAAUAUUCAUUUUAUUUUCUGGAACAACCUAAUACAAUCUAUCAAACGAUUCAAAUUUGUUUAAAUUACAACGAAUUGAAUAUAUUUCGUGAAUAAAUACAUCCAUAAUGUCCUCCCAUCAUUCGCAAUCACUCUCCGAUCCCAAUUAUUUGCUAAGAUUACAAAAUUUGCGGUUGAAUGAUGAUUCCGCAAAUAGUUCGUUGCCAGUAUCACAUCGGCGUACGAUUUCAUUGAAUGGAGCCGCUGAAAAUGAUCCCGCAUUAAGUAAUAAAUCAUCGGUAGCCAAUACAAGUCGAAUGCAAGCCUCAAAUGAUGAUGAAUAUAAACUGUAUGAUCAAAAUAAAUUUAUCACGGCAUCGAAAUUUACAGGGCCCAAAACACUAUCACCUAAACAUCAAGUCAAUAUAGCAAAAGCAUCAACAACAACAGCCUAUCGCAAUAGUGCAAGUCCAACACAGUCAAUAUCUCAACAAUCUGUUUAUGAGAAUAUUGACUAUUACAAUCCAGCGAUUCCAGUACAAAUAACACAGCAACCUUUGCCACCCCCUCCGCCAGCUUACAGUCAUUAUGUAUCAAGUGUAUCAGGUAUGAGCAAACCAAGCAUCGGAUGUGGAACUUACGAAAUCAUUGGAAAUAAAGUUCCAUCAAAUGGUGGCUCAUUAAAUCGCUUCACGCAUACGCCACAGCCUGAUGACCAUGAUCCUUCACAUAUUUAUGAAAAUUUGGGCAAUGUUUCCAGUUCCAAUGCACCGCGUGCAACGUCUGCUCUUCCACCUCCGCCCCUUCCCGCCAAACCAAAACAGUCGGUUUAUGCACAAAUAACUGGCGACACAUCUGGAACAUAUGUUCAACCACAAUCAAUACUGCCGCCAAGCUAUCGACUGCCACAGUCACCAUCAACGCAAGUUGCAUCACCAAUAAAAUCAUAUGGAAACAUUGACACUGUCGCAGCUGUUAAGUUACAAUAUUCAAAUCCUCGUGCCAAUAUAGUAAAUCAAUCUAUUUCAAGCUCGUAUGAACACCAGAAACAUCCUUCGUAUUUAUCAAAAUUGCAAAAUCUAGAGCCACUUCAAGCUUUCCCUGGCGUAAUGAACGUAUCCAUGAAUCCAAAUUAUAUUGAAGAUCUUAAUGGUUCUGAUUACGUUUGCAUGACGCGUUCGGCACCACAAUCCGUUUCGAAAAUGGCAUCGUUAAAUGCGAUUUCAACAGGUCACAGAGCUUCUCCGACAAGCAACAUGCCAACCGCCAAUAGUUCCACUGCCAUGCAAUUGACGAGCAAAAAUUUACAAACCUUACAACAAGAACAAUUGAAUGCCAGCAACAGAUCACAAAUAAACCCAUCUGAUUCCGAAAUAACCAAAUCGAUUUCUCCAACGCCAUCACAACUAAGCAGUAAUUCUAAUAAACAAAAAGGGCAUGCAGCAAAGCCAUUAUUGCCGUAUAGUGUCACUUCGCGGCCCGGUAAAACAGAGGCAGAACGAAAAAUCGAAGAACUUACUAGGCAAUUGGAAGAGGAAAUGGAACGAAAUGAAGAGCAAGGUGAAUAUUUUGGUAUUUGCCAUACGUGCGGGGAAAAGGUUACAGGUGCUGGCCAAGCGUGUCAAGCAAUGGGAAACCUAUAUCAUACAAAUUGUUUUAUUUGCUGCUCAUGUGGCCGUGCACUGAGAGGAAAAGCCUUUUAUAAUGUUCAUGGUCGCGUUUACUGUGAAGAAGACUAUAUGUACUCUGGAUUUCAACAAACGGCGGAAAAAUGCGCCAUUUGUGGACACUUGAUUAUGGAAAUGAUUUUACAAGCGAUGGGAAAAUCAUAUCACCCGGGCUGCUUUAGAUGUUGUGUAUGUAAUGAAUGUUUGGAUGGUGUACCAUUUACCGUUGAUGUGGAUAACAAAAUCUAUUGUGUAAACGAUUAUCAUAGUAUGUUUGCACCAAAAUGUGCCAGCUGUGGAAAAGGAAUAACACCAGUUGAAGGCACCGAGGAAACGGUGCGUGUUGUUUCAAUGGAUAAAGAUUUUCACGUGGACUGCUAUGCAUGUGAAGACUGUGGCAUGCAGUUAACUGACGAGCCUGAAUCAAAGUGUUAUCCAUUCGAAGGACGUCUAAUGUGCCGAACCUGCCAUUUGCAACGCAUUUCAAUGAAUCCAAUACAAAACGAACCGGUUUGUGCAACCUACCAAUACAUGGGCUAACAUGAAUCACUUUAUAAACAUUAACCAUUUCACUUCGAGAGCAUAAUCAUUAUUUUAUUAUGAUCAUAGCUUCUGGAGUUGGCGAUCCAA